ACUAGGACCUCGCACUGCCUCGCUUGGGUGUUGUGGUACCCAGUUCAGCGGAUGCAAGAAGAUCAGCUGUUUUGGGAACAUCAUUGCUAGGGAACCAUGGCCAGCCAGACGCAGGGAAUCCAGCAGCUGCUGCAGGCUGAGAAGAGGGCUGCCGAAAAGGUGGCAGAGGCUCGGAAACGGAAGGCCCGGAGGCUGAAGCAGGCCAAGGAAGAAGCCCAGGCUGAAAUCGAGCAAUACCGCUUGGAGCGUGAGAAAGAGUUCCAGCAGAAGCAGCAGGCGGCUCUGGGCUCGCAAGGGAACCUGUCUGCUGAGGUGGAAGCCCAAACCCGCAAGAAACUGCAGGCGAUGCAGGGAGGACAGGCCCGGGGCAAGGAUCGGGUCCUGCGACAGCUUCUCACCAUUGUUUGGGACGUGCGACCCCAAAUACACCCCAAUUACCGCAUAGCUGCUUAGUUGACCCAUCGGCCCAGCCUGCAGUUGCCAUUGAGGGGACCUUACUGACCAGCAUCAAACAUAUAUAAUGUCCCUGAUUCCUAAAAGCAGUGGUGCAGUUAAAUAAUUUUAUCUCAGCCCUUAACGGUGUUUCAGGAACUCUUUAGAUGAUGAUGAUUUCACCUUAAUAACAAUAAGAAUCAUUGUUGCUCCCAGCUACUCUGGGCAGCUUCCAACACAUAUAAGAACAUAAUAAAACAUCAGAUAUUUAAAAACUUCCCUUUACAGGGCUGCCUUCAGAUGUCUUCUAAAGGUUGUACAGUUACUGAUGAUCUUGACAUCUGAUGGGAAGACGUUCCACAGGGUGGGCGCCACUACCGAGAAGGCCCUGCCUGGUUCUUAGGCAUAUGACUUUAAAGCACGUGAUAUCCCCCAAAUAAUCCUAGAAACUGAGGUUUGUUCAUGGUGCCGGGAAUUGUAGCUCCGUGAGGGGUAAACUGCAGUUCCCAGGAUUCUUGUGGGGGGCGGGGAGUCAUGUGCCUUCACUCAAAAUAUGAUAAGCCAAAUUCUUCUGAGCGGAGCGCAGAACUGCUUCCCUAGAAUCCUACUCUGACAGCACCACUGCCUCAAGUUCUAACUUUACAUGCUCCUAGAACCUCUGUUCCUCCCAAUCUUCAGCACAUUUCAGCUUCCUGUGCUCCUAUAAGCCCCCACCAUUUAAAAAAAAUAAUAAUUCUAUCAUAUCUCAUAUCUAAGGCUGAAAAUAGCACUCGAUGGUUAUCAGCAUUCCAUUAUCCCAGACUAAAACAGCAAGCUAGUGGCAGGAAAAUUUACUCCGUUUCAUGGAUGCUCUCAACCUUUUAUCAGCAAUAGGAGUAAGGAAGAUUUUUCAAACUGGGGGCCAUGUUUUCUUGUGGGCAACCUUCUGGGGCAAAACUGGGCAGAGCAACUGACUUUUCGCCUUCGUACAAUAGGCUGCAUUUCCGCCACAAAAAAACGGAGGUUUCUACAGAGCUACACAUCUCUCUAAACAGGCAAAGAAGAGGCACAACCAAGGGCAAAUUCCAGUCAGGCAAAAACACUCAAGCAUGGAGCAAGGCAAAAGAGAGAGUGUGGCUUGAAAAAAACCCUGAGGCCCAUAUAGGGGAGUGUGGUGGGCCUGAGGUUCCAUACCCCUGCUCUAGAAAAGCUUUAUUUUGUCUCUGCAUAGUUCCCUGUUUCUCUGCUCCCACAAUAUUUUUUUUAAGGGCAGUAAGGUCCCCUUCGCUGAGCCCUACAAAAUGGGUCCAUCACCUUCCACAUCGCAGUUCUCGGUUCCUCUCUCUGUUUUGCUGCGCCCCGUGGCAUGAAGGGGUGUGUCGAGAAAACUGGGGCAAAGGGGUUUUGGGGAGUGCCCCCUCGCUUCCUGCUGGUGUCUGUACGUGUGCCGAAACUGUAGCUCCUUAUUUUUGUUCUGCUAGUGUUGUACCCCAGGACUCCUCCCUGGUCCCACGCUCCCCACAAAUGUACAACUGGACAUUUCAAUAGUCACUUCCAAACAUGAUUAAUAAAAAGUGUCAUUAUGGUUGAAA